UGGUGUAUGGGGCCAGAGGAGUUAAAAGUGAAGCCCUGAUUGCCCGGCCUGCGACAACUCAACAUGGAAUGUCUCUAUUGGGUCCUGGGAUGUCUGCUGCUGGCUGCAAGACUGCCACUUGACUCAGCCAAACGCUUUCACGAUGUGCUGGGCAGUGAAAGGCAUCCUGCUUAUAGGAGGGAGCACAGCCAAUUGAAUGGCUGGUCUUCUGAUGAGAAUGACUGGAACGAAAGACUGUAUCCCGUGUGGACGAGGGGAGAUGCCAGGUGGAAAAACUCCUGGAAAGGAGGCUGUGUGCAGGCAGUUUUGACCAGUGAUUCCCCAGCACUGGUGGGCUCAAAUGUCACAUUUGUGGUGAACCUGGUGUUCCCCAGAUGCCAGAAGGAGGAUGCAGAUGGCAACAUAGUCUAUGAGAAGAACUGCAGAAAUGAUUCUGGUUUGUCUCCUGACCCAUAUGUUUAUAACUGGACAUCCUGGUCAGAGGACAGUGACUGGGGAAAUGGCACUGGCCAAAGCCAGCACAACGUGUUCCCCGAUGGGAAGCCUUUCCCUCACCACCAUGGAUGGAAGAGAUGGAAUUUUGUCUACGUCUUUCACACACUUGGUCAGUAUUUCCAGAAAUUGGGACGGUGCUCAGCAAGAGUUUCUAUAAACACAGCCAACCUGACACUUGGUCCCCAAGUCAUGGAAGUGACUGUCUAUAGAAGACACGGCCGAGCAUACAUUCCCAUCGCUCAAGUUAAAGAUGUGUAUGUGAUAACAGAUGAGAUUCCUGUAUUUGUAUCCAUGUUCCAGAAGAAUGACAGAAAUUCAUCUGAUGAAACCUUCCUCAAAGACCUCCCCAUUGUGUUUGAUGUGCUGAUUCAUGACCCGAGCCACUUCCUAAAUGAGUCUGCCAUUUACUACAAGUGGAACUUUGGGGACAACACUGGGCUGUUUGUUUCUAACAAUCACACUUUGAACCACACAUAUGUGCUAAAUGGUACCUUUAACUUGAACCUCACUGUGCAAGCUGCAGUGCCUGGCCCAUGUCCUCCACCUUCACCCACCCCUGGAAGACCCACUCCUUCUUUAGUACCUGCUGGUGACAACACCCUGGAGCUGAGUGGGAUUUCUGAGGAAGAUUGCCAGAUUAACAGAUAUGGUUACUUUGAAGCCACCAUCACAAUUGUGGAGGGAAUACUAGAGAUUCACAUCAUCAAGAUAUCAAAUGUCCUGAUGCCUGUGCCACAGCCUGACAACUCCCUGAUGGACUUCCUUGUGACCUGCGAAGGGACCAUCCCCACAGAGGUCUGCACCAUCAUUUCUGACCCCACCUGCCAGAUCACUCAGAACCUGGUCUGCAGCCCUGUCGAUGUGGAUGAGACGUGCCUUUUGACCGUGAGAAGAGCCUUCUAUGGGUCUGGCACAUACUGUGUGAACUUCACCCUGAGAGAUGACGCAAGUCUGGCCCUCACGAGCACCCUGAUUUCCAUCCCUGGCAAAGACCCAGCCUCCCCUUUAGGAAUGACAAAUGGUGCCCUGAUUGUCAUCGCCGCCAUUGGCUGCUUGACCAUACUUGUCACUGUGAUUGCUGCCUUGGUGUACAAAAAACACAAGGACUAUAAACCAAUAGAAAACAGAACUGGGACCGAGGACAAACGCAAAGGCCUGAGUGCCUUUCUCAACCACACCAAGGCUGUGUUCCUCCCAGGAAACCAGGAGAAGGAUCCAUUGCUCAAGGACCAACCAGGAAUUCUUUAACCCUUUUGCCUUGUUUCUUUUUUUUUCUUUUUUCUUUAUUAUGUGCAUACAUUGUUUGGGUCAUUUCUCCACCCUGCCCCCCUCACCCCCUUCCCCCUCUACCUUGUUUCUGACCACAGCCCACUCUUCAGUGCCAUCUGUGUGAGCUGUGCAGGAAAGAAUGACCAUUAGCUGUUUUCCUAGAGAUUACUUGUAACAUCUAUAUCAUGAUUUAGGGAGGUUAGCUAAGUGACAUUUGAGAGAAGUGAUAAAACAGCAUAGCAGUGUUUCUUUUCACUAUUUGUUGUGAUUCAUGUAGACUGUCUUAGGCGAUCAGUAGGGUAGACACACCAUGUCCCAAGAGGUGGGGGAGAAGCUGCUUUCAUUACAGUCUGAUGCAAGUUAGCUGGAAGGGGAGACUGGACACUUACUUGUUUCUGUGUAACCAUAUACAUAAAACAAAUGUGGUCCUAGCCUGAAAAUCAGUCUCUAUGAUAACUGAAUUCCAUUUCUUGAACAUGCACAAGCUCCUGACAGAACAGUAACAGACACAAGCCUGCUAGUCAUAUGAUGUGCACACCUGUUAAAUUCAGAAGCAAUACCAAUCUAGUAAAUAGGUGUGCAUACUAUGUUUUGAUGACAACCUGCUCUGCCCUGCUUAGGGAAGGAAUGGUAUUCAUAUUCAUUCAUUUGUUUAUCCCACAUACGUUUAUUUAGUGCUUUCUGUAUGCCAGCUAUGGUGCUGGGGACAUGGCCCUGCACUCAGAGAGUUGACACUCUUGUGUAUAUAUCUGAAUUUCUGCACACUUUAGUGCAUAUAUUUGGAAUCAUAUGUUAUGGUUUUCUUAAGGAAGCCUCUGAUUUCCCUAGCAGUUUCGCUGUUUAAAUCAUAUGGAAAUGUGAUCGCUGAGAAUUUUAUCUCCUUUUGUAACUAACAGUCAUCUGCCAUGUGUUAGACAUGACAUUCUUUCUCUGCUCCUUCCUGAAAAAUAAAUUGU